AUGCAGACUGCUUCUACAAACAUUUGUGAAAGAAUGGGUCGCUUUCAGGCGCUCAGUCAAUUCAAGCAUGGGACCGUGAUAGGUUGCCACCUGUGCAAUAAGUCCAUCUGUGAAAUUUCCUUGUUACUAAAUAAUCCAAGGUCAACUGUUAGUGGUAUUAUAACAAAGUGGAAGCAACUGGGAACAGCAGCAGCUCAGCCACAAAGUAAGAGGGGUCAGCGCAUGCUGAAGCACACAGUGCAGAGAAGUCCCCAAGUGUCUGCAGAGUCAAUAGCUAAAGACCUCCAAACUUCAUGCGACCUUCAGAUUAGCACAACAGUGUGUAGAGAGCUUCAUGGAAUGGGUUUCCAUGGC